AUAACUGGAAUAAUGUUAAAAGUGGCGUUAGCCCAACUCACUGACUCACUCAUCAUGAUUGGUAAAAUACGCGGACGUACUCAGGAUUCAUUCAGCCUUUCAACCUCUAUUUCGAGCGGAAGUGAAACUGUACUUAUAACGAAGCUCCAUUCAUGAAUCCAUCUCUUCGUAGUCAAAACGCAUGUUUAUAUUUAAACGUAUUACAUCCUGAUCACAUGUUCACUGACCUUGUUAAAUAAUAGCUCUGACUAAACAGCAUAGGAGUGUUGUUAAUGCAGUCUGAACCGUCCAUAGUCAAACCAGCUCCGUAUCAAUGGCCCGCUGACAUCACACCACGGUGAUAUCUUAUCACGGUGAUAGACAAUGUAUAUAUCAUACAUGCGUGAUGUGUAUCACACAUAGCUUUACCCGUGUCCCGUCACUAUCUCCUUCCCUGGCCAAAAUUUCAUCGUCACGAUAUUGUGUAGGAUUAGUAUCGAAGCUGACUGACAGGAUAUGGAAACGUGGAUCUGUUUCGUGGGUGUUCUCCUUGGUGUGUGUACAUUUCAAGGCAGUGUGACAGGCAUUACGCAUUUUCCUACGAUACACUACCUGAACGAAGAAUGCGACCUCACAAUCCGUUCCGUGUAUGACAUGCGAAUUAAGCUGACCGCUGACCCUGUCCUACCUCUCAAGGUCAACUGGACGUGCAGAAUCGUCGUAGGGGCGGACCCUGCCGGGGAUAUGCUCCUGACGCUAUACAGGGACAUGGACACCGUCGGCAGUGACGGGUGUAGGACGAAUGGUCUUAAGAUUUAUGCAUCUAAUGGGACAUUGCUGAAUGGUCCCGAUGGUAACUGUGGAGAAGUGACCCCUACCGGACAGUUUGAGUCAGGGGGAAGCACUCUGACGUUUGAAUUCUACACAGACUCCUCCGAGCAACAAGGCAACUUUGACAUGCUCGUCACGACGAUAUCACACAGCAACGGCACGUGUCCACCGGAGAAGUUUCACUGUAAAAAUAAGCGUUGUGUAUCGAAGUACGUGACCUGCAACGGCUUCGACGACUGCGGGGACGGCAGUGACGAGAUACAGGGAUGUGGGUCCUCGCCGAAGAUCGUCCUCAUCUGUGUCGCAGCAGUUUUGGUCGCCGCUGUCGUCGUGUCAAUGAUCAUCUUUAUCGCCAAGUACAGGAAGAGGAAGUACAGACGGUUAUCUCGGAAUUCUGAAUCGCAUGGCCACCAUCAUCAUCAUCACCAUGGCUCCCACAAAGGAGGCUACCAGAACUACUGAUCAGACAGACAUAACGGACUCCCGCGGAUACUGCGGACAUUUGCUUCCGUGAACCCUUAAUGUGAAAGAUGUUCUUUCAUUCUUGACCACGUGUCUCGUGAACAAUGUACUGGCGGACCCCCAGUCCUAUUCCAGUCUUAAACUGAAAGCCGUUCAUCCGUUCUCGUCCGAACAGUGUCUCAAUGAACAAUGCAGAUGUACCAUGAUUGCUCUGCUUCUAUUGAGUUCUAAUCCAGUCUUAAUGCGAUUCCCUCACAUGGGUACAAUGUGUGAAUUUUAAACUUCAACGCCUGACAAUAACCAGUCUUGCUCAUCUAUGGUGUUCCCCGCUGUGAUGUCGCUGGAAUAAUGCUAAAAGUGGCUUAAAACCAUACUCACUCACUCAACUUAUAAGUGAAAACUGUUCAUCCGUUCCGUCCGAAUCAUGUUUCAAUGAACACAUUCUAUUCACCUGUUCCUCCUUUAGGUCAGGAGAAGACGGCAACACAAGCUACACAUGUAGGUCAUGUGUAUGUUGUACUCUGUACGUGAGUGAGUAUUGUUUUACGCCGCAUCUAGUAUUAUUCCAGCAAUAUCACGGCGGCGGGCGCCAAAAAUGGGCUUCACACAUUGUACCAAUGUGGGGAAUCGAACCCGGGCUUUCGGCUUGACGAGCGAACGCUUUAACCACUAGGCUACCCCACAGCUUCACAUACGGAUUUCGACCAAACUGGGACUCAUACACCUCGGACAAAACUAGAAUUGAUAUUUGAUAUUGUUCUGUUUCAAGUGUUUUAGCCUACGGAUUACACGACCGCCUCUGCGGUCUUGUGGAUAGAGCGUCUGCUCUCAGAGCAUAUGGUCGUGGGUUCGAUCCCCGGCCGCGUCAUACAAAAAGACGUUUAAAGAUGAUACUUGUUGUUACAUGCAGCCAAACACACACAUGUGCAUGCACGUCGCUAUAUUAGGGCAAUAAUCUUGAACGCGACGUUCAACCAAUUUCACCUCAACUCACGAAUUACUCUUAUUCCUAAAUCGAUAAUGUGUUUAUACCGUGCCUGGGUUCCGAGCUUCGAAUCGAUGUUACACACACCAAACCACUGUUGAUAUGUGGGGGCACGGGUGGCCCAGUCGUCUAAGGCGCCGCGAUUCGCUGUGCAGAAUUGCGUCCCUUGGGCACGCCAGAAACCUAUGAUUGUGGGUUCGAAUCCCGGUUCG